GUGAGGUGAGGGUGAAGGACCUGCAUCCAACAACACAGAGAGCCCCUGAUCCCCUUCCCCUUCCCCUUGAAGGACUACCCUUUUACCAAUUUGUCAUCAUCUCAUCUCUUUUGGAUUUUGAUUCUUCCCAUAUUCCCCUGAUUUUCGAUUUUUCUACAACAUACUGACAGUUGACCUAAUUUCUACUCUUACAAGUUAAACCCCCAUAACCAUUUCUUUCCUUUAUAUACCCUUUUGAUUUCCGAUCCAUAAGAAUCGGGGGGAAAUGGGUAAUUCCUUUGGGUGCUCCGCCUCCGGAGAGCGAUUGGUAUCGGCGGCCAGAGAUGGAGAUUUCGUUGAGGCUAAGAUGUUGCUUGAUUGUAACCCUUGUCUUGCCAAAUACUCCACUUUUGGUGGCCUUAAUUCUCCUCUUCACUUUGCCGCUGCUAAAGGCCACAACGAUAUUGUUGCAUUGUUGCUUGAUAAUGGAGCUGAUGUUAAUUCGAGGAAUUAUUGUGGUCAGACAGCGUUGAUGCAAGCUUGUCGCUAUGGGCACUGGGAAGUUGUUCAAACCCUUCUGCUCUUUAGAUGCAAUGUUACGAGGGCUGACUAUCUUAGUGGGAGAACUGCUCUCCAUUUCGCAGCUGUGAAUGGGCAUGUACGCUGCAUACGACUUGUUGUAGCUGAUUUUGUGCCUAGUGUUCCCUUUGAAGCUAUAGAUGCACAAGUGCAUGGUGAUGGAGGCAAUGGUCCCAAAAACAAAUAUGACCAAAGCGCACUGGUGAAAUUUGUAAAUAAAGCUGCUGAUGGUGGUAUAACGGCUCUUCACAUGGCUGCGUUAAACGGGUAUGCUGAUUGUGUACAGCUUCUUCUAGAUCUACAUGCAAACAUGUCAGCUGUGACUUUCCAUUAUGGAACAUCUAUGGAUUUGAUAGGGGCUGGAAGUACUCCUUUGCACUACGCCUCUUGUGGUGGAAAUUUAAAAUGCUGUCAGAUUCUACUUGCAAGAGGUGCUAGUCGUUUGACAUUAAACUGCAAUGGGUGGCUUCCACUUGAUGUUGCGAGAAUGUGGGGACGUCAUUGGCUUGAACCAUUAUUGGCACCAAAUUCUGACCUGGCAAUACCCAUGUUCCCCCCAUCUAAUUAUUUAUCAUUGCCUCUCAUGAGUGUACUGAACAUAGCUAGAGAGUGUGGUUUGCAGUCCUCAGCUAGUCUUUCUGAUGACACUGAUAUUUGUGCUGUCUGCCUGGAGAGAGCUUGCACAGUAGCUGCUGAAGGAUGCAGGCACGAACUAUGUGUGAGAUGCGCCCUUUACCUGUGCUCAACAAGCAACAACCCUUGUGAAUUAUUAGGUCCACCUGGAUCCAUUCCUUGCCCCCUUUGCCGCCAUGGCAUCAUUUCUUUUUCCAGAUUGCCGGGCUCUCCAGCAAAGGAAAUCAAACUACAUCUUUCCCUUGGAUUCUGUACCCCCUGCAUGCUUCACCCUCGAGAACCAGCCGAGUCUACACCAACAGAGAUUAGCAAGAAUCGUGUUGCUUCUGUAUCUCCAGAAUUAUUUUGCCCAGUAACUUGCAGCCCUUUUCCUUCGGUUGCUAUUCCGUUAUGCACCUGCAACGAUGGGACUUGCCCCUCUUCUGAAACAAGAGACGACGAGGGUGAAGAUGGGUCAGCUCCCCAUCGAAACAGCUCAGGGUCAGGGUCAGGGUCAGGAGAGGAUGGGAAAUUGGGGUCGCUGAGGGUGGAAAAAACGAGCUGUUCGAGCAUGUUUUGGGGGAGGAGGAGCUGCAGUAGGGAGCAGCAGUGCAAUUCAGAGAUAAAUGCUUGAUUUGAUAUGAAACGAUGGUAUUAUUGGUUUGUGAUAUAUAAUGCAUUGUUGGUAUGAUAUAUUGGUUGAUGUUAGGUUGUUUUAGGUUUGUAGAGAGAGAAAGGGAAGAAAAAAAGUUAUAUUGUUCUUGUGGUGAUUGUAAUGAAUAGGCAGGCAGGAAGGAAGGAAAGUAUGGUUGUACUAACAUAACAAUGGUGUUGCUAAAACCACUGAAUCAUCAAUUUCUUGGAUGUUUUCUUGUACAAA